GGGAGCGCCGGGCCGGGGGCGGGCGGGUCCCGCGGCGAUCCCGGUUCGAGCCCGGCCCGGCCCGGCCCGGCACGGCACGGCACGGCCGCGAUGAACGAGGCGGUGUCGCGGCAAACGCGGGAGACCCUGGGGCAGGUGAUCCGCAAGCCGCCGCUCACCGACGCGCUGCUGGGCAAGCCGCCCUUCCGCUACCUGCACGACCUGAUCUGCGAGGUGAUCAGAGUGACAGGUUUUCUGAGAGGACUUUACACAGAUUUCGAGUUGAAGUCAGAUAAUGUCAAGGAUAAGGAAUCCAAAAUCAACUUCCUUCAGAAGGCCAUUGAUGCUGUUGUGAUGGUGACAGGGGAGCCACUGUCAGUGAAACCAGCACGAGUCGUGGCUGGACACGAGCCUGAGAAAACCAAUGAAUUCCUUCAGGCAAUUGGGAAGUGUUGCUUGAAUAAGCUGUCCAGUGAUGCUGCUGUAAAAAAGGUCUUGGCUGGGGAAAAAGCUGAUGCUAAAGGGAAACCUCCACCCUCUAAACCUCGACAUAAAGAAAGCAGAGAGGCCAAAGCAGAAGAACAAAAAAGCCAUAAGGACAAAGAGAGUAGGAGAGACACUGAAAUUAAAGACAGAAGCCCCAGCAGAGACAGAAGACCCAAAGGAGAUUUGAAAGAGAGCAGAGAAAGAGAAAAGGAGAGGGAAAAACAGAAGAAUAAUGAAGACAGGCACAAAGAACCUGAAAGAGACGCCUCAAAGGAAGGAGAAAAACAAGAGAGGGAAGGAGGCAAGAGCAGAACAAACAAGCAAGGAAGAGAAACAGCAAAAAACAAAGGAAAAGGAGACCCAGAGCGAGGAGAGGAUCUCAGGCAUGAUAAAGGACAGGAAAGAGAGAAAAGACAUGAAGGAGGAAGAGAAAAGGACAGGCUGAAAGGAAGAGACAAAGAUAAGGCCAGGGACAGAGAUGGAGAGAAAGACAGAGAGAGAAGAAGAGAUCGGGACAGAGAAAAAGAUGGGGAAGAUCUCAGGGAACAUGGAAAGGAGAAAGCAGAGAAAAAGCCCUCAGAUUCUGAAGAAUCCAUGCAUAGAAAACCACAGAGGCCAACUAAAGAUAGCAAGUGCCAGCCAGACACUGAGAAUGAAACUCCUGCAAGGAUAUCAAAGCAGCCUGCAGCAAAAGCAUCAAGGCAUCACUCCAAGCCCGGAGGAGAAGGGUUUGGUUUGUACUCCCAGCCUGCAUUUGUGAAUCCAAGAGACAAUUUUCCUGACGGGAUUUGGGAUACAGGAAGAGCUGUGGACAUGAGGAGUGUGGCAGAUGGGAUUUCAGAGGAUGGUGCUGCUGAGCUGCAGGAGAAAAAUGAACCAGGCCUUGCAGAAAAACAGAAAGAAAGAGAAGUGGAGAAUGCAGCUCCUGACAAGCCUGAAAAUGGGGAAGCACCUCCUGAUGUCCCACCUCGGCCUGCCCAAAGAAGGAUUCCCCGUCCUGGCAGCGCGAGGCCGGCACCUCCGCGAGUGAAACAUCAGGAGAGCACUGAGCUCUUAAUCCCAGAAAGGAGCGGCAGCUCUAAAAUGGCCCCGGCUGUGCUCAGGGAGCAGCAGGUGUCUGAUGAGGAGGACGAGCAGUUCGUGGUGGAGACAGCAGCACCUCUGCCAGAGAUGCCAAAGGAGCCAGAAGUGGAGCUGGUUGAGGAUCAAAAGCAUGGUGGGCUGGUGAAAAGAAUCCUAGAAACAAAGAAGGAUUAUGAGGCAUCACAGAAAUCAUCACAGACCACAGACAGGGAGAAGCCAAUUGUCUCAGAAGCAUCCAGGAAGAGGGAGAGAGACCUGGUAGCCAAAGAAAUCGAGAAGUUCCAGGGCUCCAUUCAGACUGUGUGCCAGCACGUCUUCAGGCUGGGCAGGAUGGUGGAUUACAUCCAGGAGGACAUGGAUGCCAUGAGGAACGAGCUGCUGAUGUGGCGCCAGGAGAACAGGGAGCACGCGGAGGCUUUGCGGAGGGAGCAGAGCAUCACAGACAGCACUCUGGAACCACUGAAGGCUGAGCUGGCUGAACUGGAGCAGCUGAUGAAAGACCAGCAAGACAAGAUCUGUGCUGCAAAAGCAAAUAAUUUAAGGAAUGACGAAAAAAUCCAGAGGAUGAUUCUGAGCAUAAACGUGUCUUCAAGAAGGUGAAGAAGAGGGAAAAGAAAUUAAAGAGCCUUGGGACUCACUGACUGACAUUGCUACCAAAAAACCAGAACCCAAAUAGCAGAUAUGCCUUGCUCAGAUAUAGAAUGUUUAGGGACCAAAACCCUGAAAAUGUUAUGAAAAACUCUGUUAUUUGCAUUGACUUUUAGAUGUUGAUAUUAUGCAGGAUAAAAUGAUAUUCACUUGAAUGCUAAAGUUGCAGAGCUAUUAAAAGAACUUUAUUUGUUUAA